CUGCAUUUGAAAAAGAACAAAAUGAGAAAACAGCUUUGGAGAUGUUGGAGGAUGAAUUACGAGAAGCUACUCAAUUGAAUCAAAUAUUGACGUCGCAGAAGAAAGAAUUGGUCUCUUUGAGAGAUCAAUUGAAUAAUCUAGUUGACUCUGCAUUCACGGACUUAAUGCCUGAAAGUCCUUUAGAGAACGAAGUUGGUACACUUUAUGCUCAAUUUAAUCAGGUUGCGGUAGAU